AUGGCAUUCGAAAGAGAAUUGUUUGUAGCUACUCAAGCUGUCCGUAAGGCUUCACUUUUGACCAAGAGAAUUCAGGCUCAAGUUAUCUCGAACAGAGAUUCUACCACUAUAACUAAGAGUGAUAGUUCUCCAGUGACACUAGGUGACUAUGCAGCUCAAACCAUCAUCAUCCAUGCCAUUAAAAGCAAUUUCCCAGAUGACAAGGUGGUUGGUGAAGAGUCUGCUGAAGGUUUAAGUGAUGGAUUUGUAUCUGAAAUAUUAAAUCAGGUUCGUGAGAACGAUGAAAUCUUCAACAAGAAUUAUCCUUCCAAGACUAAUUUAGAUCUCAAAGAAACUCCACUUCAAUCAUUGCAGGAGGUGAAGGACACAAUUGAUCUCGGUAAUUACGAAGGCGGACCUAAAGGUAGAUUCUGGUGUCUAGAUCCAAUUGAUGGUACCAAGGGGUUUUUGAGAGGCGAACAAUUUGCAGUAUGUCUUGCCCUAGUGAUAGAUGGGGUGACCCAAGUUGGUGUCAUUGGGUGCCCUAAUCUAUCUUUGAGUGCAUUUGGUGGUGAUGACUUAUUAGGCUAUGAACCAUUUGGAUACCUGUUCCAAGCGGUUCGUGGUCAAGGUGCUUCCUUCGCCUCCGCUGCCAUUGAUAACGACUGGAAGAAGAUCCAUGUACGCUCCAUCGAUUCCUCAGAAGAAAUGGUUUCUUUGGAAGGUGUCGAGAAGGGCCAUUCAUCUCACGAUGAACAAUCACAGAUAAAGCAAUUUUUACACAUUACUCGCUCAUUACAUUUGGAUUCCCAAGUCAAGUACUGCAUGCUAGCAUUAGGAUUGGGCGAUUUAUACCUACGUCUGCCACUCAGUUUGACUUACCAGGAAAAGAUUUGGGAUCACGCAGCUGGUAACGUACUGGUGCAAGAAGCAGGUGGAAUCCACACAGAUGCUAUGGAAAACGUACCUCUAAAUUUUGCCAGCGGCAGAACUCUUCUAACCAAAGGUGUUAUUGCAUCUAGUGGUCCCCCAGGAAUUCACGAUAGGGUUGUCGGUGCUUCUAACAAGAUCAUUAGCUCAAGAUUGGUAUAA